AUGGAAAGUGGAUUACCUUUGCUUAAUUGUCUCUUGCAGCAGACUCUCAGAACCAUUUGCACUUCUUCCAAUUCUUCCAUUUCUUCUAAGUGGGUUUAUGCUGUCUUCUGGAGGAUAUUGCCUCGAAACUUUCCUCCACCAAGGUGGGAAUUUGGAGGAACUGCGCUUGAUCUCUCCAAAGGAAAUAAAAGGAACUGGAUUCUUGUCUGGGAAGAUGGGUUCUGCGAUUUUAACGAAUGCGAGCAGAGGAAGAGUGGUAGUGGUUACUUGAACGGUAGAUUUGGAGCUGACGUAUUCUUCAAAAUGUCGCAUGAGGUUUACAAUUAUGGAGAGGGACUAGUGGGAAAGGUUGCCGCAGAUAAUAGUCACAAAUGGGUUUACAAUGAGAGUCACAACAACGAGUUUGAAGCUAGCUAUACUGCUUCAUGGAAUGCUUCUGUCGAGCCUCAACCAAAGGCAUGGGAGUUUCAGUUCAAUUCAGGCAUUCAGAGCAUAGUCAUAAUAGCUGUCAGAGAAGGCGUAGUGCAAUUGGGUUCUUUUAAUAAGACUGCAGAGGACCUGAAUCUGGUGAUCAGCAUACAAAGACAAUUCAGCUACCUUCAAAGCAUACCGGGUGUAUUUGGUAUUCAAAGACCGUACCUACCCAUUCAAUAUCCAUACAUUGUGAAGCCCAAUUUCAUGGAAAGCAAUGGAAUGCCUCUAUAUGAUAUGACCUGGAACACCCCUCAGAAUGGAGCACCAGGCCCAUCUCUUUGUUCAGGUUCUCCGCCUUUACCAUUACCAGCCAUGCCUUGCAGUUUUGGAGCUUUGCUAUCAAAGUUACCAUCCGGAGUCCCACCCCAUAAUCAAGCCCCUAAUUCUGGGACACAAAGCAGCACUAUUGAGAGAGUGAAGAUUGAAGACUGCGAAUUUCAUCCUACCCAUGAUGGUGGUGAUCACAAAGGAAAGGUUGUUCCUUGA